AUGGCCUAUAGUCAAAUCUAUAAAGAACUGGGCGUUAUUGGCCGAGGGAAUUUUGGUGAUUUUUAUUCAGGUUCAGCUCAUCUUGUUGAGCACCAGUCAGAGCAUCUUAAAUACGUCGCAAAAAAGAUCCUCUUAGGUGGUAUGACUGAUAGAGAAAUCCAAGGAGCCCAUCAAGAAGCUGAGCUUCUUUCUCGUCUCAAUCAUCCGAAUAUCGUGAAAUAUAAAGAAAGCUUUUGUGAAGAAGGCCUACUAAUUAUUGUUAUGGAAUAUUGUGACGUUGGAGACCUCAGCUACCAUAUCAAGCAAAAAUCAAAAAAGCAUGAAAUUUUCACUGAAACAGAAAUCAUGAAUUGGUUUGUGCAAAUUUGCCUGGCACUUCAAUAUAUUUUGAUAAUAAAUAUAUUAAUUAUUUAAAAAAUAAAAUAAAUAAUUGGUGUUAAAGCAUUAAACUGGUAUAUCCAUUCAUUAGGAAUUUUACAUAGAGAUAUAAAAAGCUCGAAUAUUUAUUUAACAGGAAAUAACACUGUGAAACUUGGAGAUUUUGGGAUAUCAAGGGUGUUGCAAGGCUCUGAGGCAGCUAAUACAGUGGUUGGGACACCUUAUUAUAUGAGCCCUGAAGUCUGUGAAAAUAAACCAUAUAGCUAUAAAAGUGAUGCAUGGUCACUUGGCUGUGUCCUCUAUGAACUCUGCACUCUUAAUUAUGCUUUUAAGGCUGACAACCUAUUAGGUUUAGUCUUCAAAAUCGUCACAGAAAGGGCUGAGCCAAUUCCUUCUCAUUACUCCCCACAGUUGCGCACCUUAGUCCAGUAAAUUUUACAUAGAGAUAUCCUUGUAAAAGACAGUGGCCGAAGACCCUCAGUUUCUGAUAUUUUAAAUGACCCUUAUACGCUAUCUUUUAUGCAAAAUUUCAUUGAUACUAAUGGACAAAGCUUAACAAGAAUUAGGUCACUUAAUAUAAGAAAAGCGACUGCAAUCGUCCCACAAAGGCCAAAAUCCCCAGAAAAUGAAACCCCAAAGCAGAGACUAAUAAGGAAAAAGAGGGAACAAGCAGAACAAGAAGCGGAAAAAUUGAAAAAUGCAGCGAGAGAAGCAUAUAUCCAUAAUCAAGUGUAAGAGUUAUAUAGGAGUAAACAAAGAGCUCAUGAUAUGCUGUAUUCUUCGCCUCAACAAAGAUAUCAAAAUCAAGCUGCAAUUCAAAAAGCUAUGUCCCCACCAAGCAAUUUCAGCGGAAGUGGGUCGACUAUAGCUUCCCUUGUGUUUACUAAAGAAAAUUCGUAUGAUAGACAAGGAAAUUAUGGAACAUUGACUGAUGGGUUUAAUUUAACUGAAACUCAAUAUUCUCAAGUAAAUAAUCAGGGAUAUAAUCAAGAUUACUUAGAAGAUUCUUUAUCAUAUUCUAAUACCUUUGAAGCUUCACAGUAUGAAGAAGCACAACAGUCACCUUCUUAUAUAAAUCCAAGAGAUGAGCAGCCUAUUAAAGCAGCAGGAUAUUAUAAUCUGAAUUUUACUGACGAUUCUUCAGAAAUCGCAGAAAAUAACGAAGAAGAGCUUACAGAAAUUGUAAGUGUCUACAGAAAUCAAAUGCGAGGAGGAAGAAGGCUUGAUACAGUUCUCGAAGCUUCUGGAGAGUCCGCUUCUUAUGAGUCUCCUAGAGUUGCCCCUGCAAAUAAAAAAGAUUCAAUGAGGCAGCAGUGCAUUGAGAAAAUGGGCAGCAAGCUUUUUGGCGAAAUUUAUGAGUAUUUGAAGAGACAAAGACAGAUAGGAACUGCUGAUGAUGUUAUUAUUGGAGAAGCCAAAAGAAGAUGGGGAAAAGACGCAACCACUUAUUCAUUUCUUGUUGACCAGCUUUUAUUUUUGGAAAUAUUCCAUUAA